GAGAAAAAAUAACGUACCGAUGGCGUGCUUCCCACGUGAUGUGAUGUAGUCAAAAAGUCUGAUAUCCAUUUUAAGACUGUUUUAAGUUAGUGUUGUUUCGGAGUGAUUAUGUUGAUCAACACCUUCUUGGACACUGAGGAUUUCGUGCAUUUGUACUAUGAGGACGAGCCUGCAGUGCAACAAGGGUGCGGUGCUGGAGCUAGAAUGGCUUCGAAGUACCCUCAGAGGCCGCCUUCUCCUGAGUACACAGAGGUCGCAACACCGUCUACGAGCGACAUGACGGACGGGCGCGACCGGUGUCGCGCGCCGCCGCAGCCGGAACCGCCGCCGCACCGUGUGCGAGCAGCCGAUCUCUACCCGCGACUUAGGCCGCAUUAUGACGAGCCUGAUCUCGACAUCGGCUUCACCCCUAUUUGUGGCGAGUUCGUACAGUGGGUCGGCAGAACAGCUGACGGCGGCACUGUGGCGAUGUCAAACUACCGUCUCCACGCGCAGCCGCGACGGCGCAACGGGCCCGGGGUGUCGGUACCCCUGCGCCUCAUUGACGCCGUCGAGAUACGUGACCUACUGCAUUUGGUCGUCUUGUGCAAGCAUGGACGACAACUUAAGUGCACAUUUAACACCGGAGACCAAUGCGUAGAGUGGUGGCGUCGACUAAACACAGCCCUGGCACCUAUCGGUUCUAUACAAGAAACAUUCGCCGCUGCGUACGCGGCGUGGGCCAAAGAACAGCCCCCUGCGUCAGUCCAUAGAGCGCUCAUGAGGGCAUCGCACGCUCCUCAAAGACAUUGGUUCGGACCCGAGGUGGAACGGCUAGGCUUUACGACAAAAGGCGCAUGGCGCGUAACGGCGGCCAACGCUGAAUACAAGCUGUGCCCGUCAUACCCACCGCUACUUGUCGUGCCUGCCUCCAUCGGGGACGAGGAUCUCGACUCUGUCGCUAGAUUCCGUGCGAUGCGCCGUGUUCCAGCAGUUGUAUGGCGUCACCGCAGCAACGGCGCCGUGAUAGCGCGCUCGUCGCAGCCGGAAGUAGGCUGGCUCGGUUGGCGCUCCAGCGAAGACGAACGGCUAUUGGCUGCUUUCGUCAGCGCUUGUAAUUCCGACCGGGGCCUGCAACCGGCUACUACUAACAAGAACUUAAAACUUUUAAUAGUAGACGCGCGGUCAUACGCGUCAGCAGUUACCAACCGCGCCCGUGGCGGCGGGUGUGAGUGCCAGCAGUACUACCCAGCCGCGGACAUACAGUUCAUGUGCCUGCCCAACAUACAUCACGUGCGAAGAUCCUUUCAACAGAUAAGGGCUCUGGCUGCUGAGUCCAGCGACCAAACAAACUGGCACAGCAAUUUAGAGCGCACACUCUGGCUCCAAUACGUGUCCGGAGUAUGUAGAGCCGCGUGUGUAGUGGCCCGCGCUGUGCUUGCGGGUCGACCUGUGCUAGUCCACUGUUCCGAUGGAUGGGACCGUACCCCACAGAUCGUCGCUGCCGCCCAGCUUGUGCUAGACCCUUAUUAUCGGACUGUUGAGGGUUUCCGCGUUCUAAUAGAGCGUGAAUGGCUCGACUUCGGUCACAAGUUCGCGGACCGAUGCGGCCAUCAAUUCGGCCCUGAAGACCCUAACGAACGAUCACCCAUCUUCCUUCAAUGGCUGGACGUAGUACAUCAGAUGAUGCUGCAGUAUCCUUGCAGCUUCGAGUUCAAUGAAGCUUAUUUGAUAAAGCUGGCGACACACGUGCACUCGUGCAUGUUCGGCACGUUCCUGUGCAAUACGGGCCGCGAGCGGCUCGACGCGCGGGUGCCCGAGCAUACGGCGCACGUGUGGCAACUGCUGCGCGCACCCGCCUACCGGAACCACCUCUACUCGCCGCACCACCACGACCAAGUGGUGUGGCCGGAAUAUGGCGUACGCUACAUGCGAGUGUGGUGGGCCAUGUUCUGCGGUGAACCAACGCCCGACGACGACCUGCCGCCACCCGCCGCGCACGCCAAAGCCACCGUACACAACGGAUUAAUGACAAAAACAAGAUCGUGUGACAACUUACUCAAUGAAGGCGAGAAACGAACAACACAGAGAAGGUGUAGUGAUCCCAGUAUAGCUCCAGACGUUAUGAAACUGUCUAUGGUAGUGAACGAGCGCGAACGCGAAAGUCGAGCCGCGUUGACGGACAGUUGCGUCGACGAAUUGCCUGUUCUGCCGAUCUCGAGCGACAGCUGCAACGAUCAGGUGGACGGCCUCCAUCCGGACCACUUCGAAUCGUCCCCCCGCAUCCCCCGCGACAUAGCGAGCGGCUCGUCAUCCCUCGAACGCGAACUCGCCCCCGAACUGCCCACGCACGACAAAGUGAUAUCCCACGACGACAGCAACGACACGGAGAGCACCGACGUCAACGAGAACGAGACCGAGGACAUGACGGAAAGCGUUAUUCGUGUCGAGAAUUCGCCAGAUGUUGACACGCCUGAAGAACCAGCUGUUUUCGUUUGCCAUACUUAUGGAGAUGGAAUUGGGAUAUCUGAAGCUGCGAGAGAACAGGGCCGAACCCGCAACAUUUCAAUCACCUGGCGGUCCGUGUCAGAGUCCAGCAAUCAAUCGUCCACGGGCUUCGACAUUCCUGAGGCGCCACAGGCCAAAUGCGCUGUCAACUCUCACGAAUCAUCGCCCGUUGACAACCAGGAGAACCAAGAUAAUCAUAAUUCAACGGAGGGCGACGUUGUCAACCACAACGUACCUAUCAGUGAGCUGACCAAUCACAGCCGAGAGAACGGGAUCACCAAUGGAGUCAAUGGCGUAGACAAAGUCGCCGCUAAGUUCCUUGAAGUCGAAUUGAAUGGAGGAGCAACCUCAAGCAGUAUAAGUUCAGAAAGCGAAGGCGAAGCACACACCCACGCGCGAAGGACCCAUGCUCGGACGCGGGUGGCCAGCCAGCUCACUUUAUGUCCCGCCUCGCCAAGGCGCAUCGCGUGUUGUCAUUGCACAAGACGCGCUAGCACUACCAGCGGCAUAGAAACGUCAGGCGAAUCAAUUGCCAGCUCCGAAGUGUGUUGGUGCGGCGUUUGCGGCGGCGAAGUGGGCACUGAGCGAGUCCGAUGCGUGUGUGGAGCUCCUGGCGCCUCAUCCGCUCCCGGUAGCCAGCCUGAUCCCUUGGAUGGACUUACACCCGCUGCUGAUCCUUUGCAAGCGAGAUUGCAUCAGAUCAUAUUAUAUCAAAAGAAAGUGGUAGAAGAAUUGACUGGACAGCUCCGAGAGGCGCGCGAGGCGUUAAGACGAGCCACGCCCCACGCAGGAUGCCCAGCACCUGUCGCUAGGCCUUCGCCCUCCGCGCCGUCGCCUACGCAGAUGCGCAGCAGCAGCGGGGGUAGCAACAGCACGCGCCGCAGCGCACGCGGCAGCGGGUCCAGCUCGGGCAGCGGCAGCGCCUCUGAGGUGGAAGUGGGCGAGGAGGCCCGGGGCGUCGUCUGGCUGCCUGACUCCGCCGCACCCCGGUGCCAGCACUGCCGGAACCACUUCUGGCUCGCGCGAAGGCGGCACCACUGCCGGUAGGUAGUACUUCAGACGUUGCGGCGGUAUAUUCUGUGGUUCCUGCUCGGAGAUGAGUUCUUGGGGCGAUUACGGGUCCGUGCGCAUGUGCCGGCGAUGCCACGCGAUGCGGUGACCCGCCUCCGCCCCGCUCCGCCCGUGCCGCGCGCCCGCUCCGCUAACCGCUCCGCUCGUGCACACCUCUCACUUGACUGCUAAUGUCUCUUAGGUUUGAUCAUCAAAUUUCUUUACAAUUGUAUUACAUCCUCUGCUAUGAAUUUCUAUGUGUACAAUUGUCGAACAUUUAAGUGAUAAAGCAUGCUAUAUGCGUUCUGACUGUAGCCCGUCGAUAGUUGAGUCAUUUGCAAUGUUUGUGCAGCAUUUUUUGCAAUUUUUGUCUAAACGAUAAAUUGUAUAUGAUUAAGGUUCUAGUUUUCACUUCUCAUAAAGAAACAAAGACAGCUGUAUCGAUUUAAGACUUAUAGAUUUUACAAUGGUGUACCUUAGCAGGGGAAUAUAUUAAGAUGGCUUUUUAUGUAAAAAUCAUAUUCAGAGCUUUUUAGGUGAAAAUAUUUUAAAAUUAUAACAGUACAUAAUCAAAGUUCCUUACGCGGAGUUUUUCAAAGAAUC